AUGUCUAAACCACCACCCAAAAAACAAAUCAUCCUCAACGCUUUCGUCAUGAACACCCCAGGCCACCUAGCCGCAGGUCUCUGGCACCAUCCCCGCAACCACACCUCGCAAUACAAAAGCCUCUCCUUCUGGACCGACCUCGCCCAGCUCCUCGACCAAGCCGGUUUCCACGCCCUCUUCAUCGCCGACACCCUCGGACCCUAUGAUGUCUAUAAGGGUCCCUCAAACUUCGUGCCCGCACUCGCAUCAGGCGCCCAGUUCCCCGUCAAUGACCCCCUAUACCUCGUCCCCGCCAUGGCCGCCGCCACUAAGAACUUGAUCUUCGGCGUCACGGCCAGCGUGACAUACGAAAAGCCAUAUGCGCUUGCGCGUCGCCUCUCCACUGUCGACCAUGUCAGUCAGGGCCGCCUCGCGUGGAACAUCGUCACCUCGUACUUGGAUUCCGCAGCGCAGAACCACGGACUGAAGGAGCAGAUUCCGCACGAUGAGCGAUACGCCAUUGCGCACGAGUACAUGGAAGUGGUGUAUAAGCUCUGGGAAGGUAGUUUUCGAGACGACGCGGUGAUCGAAGACCGUGAGCGAGGCAUCUACAUUGCCGCUGAUGCAGUGAAGGAAAUAAACCAUAAAGGGAAGUAUUUUGAUGUCCCCGGGCCGCAUUUCUGUGAACCGUCGCCGCAGCGGACGCCGUUUUUGUUUCAGGCCGGUGUGUCGGAGGCUGGGAAUGGGUUUGGGGGGAAGCAUGGGGAGGCGAUUUUUGUUGGGGGUCAGACGCCUGAGGGCGUUAGGGCUACGGUUGAGAAUCUGCUGAGGGUGGCGGUGGAGCAAGAGGGUCGGGAUCCGAAUCAUAUUAAGAUUAUUGUCGGGAUUAAUGUGAUUGUGGCGGCGACGGAUGAUGAGGCGCUAGCGAAACGAGACGAGUAUCUGAGGUAUGCGGACGAGGAGGGUGCGUUGGCCCUAUUUGGGGGCUGGACUGGGGUGGAUCUCCCGGGGUAUGCAGACGAUGAGGACUUUCGGUUCACUGAUUCCCCACGAGUACAGUCGCUUGUGCGGCGGUGGUCGGCCACGGUGCCGGGGACGGAUAAUCUUCCGUGGACGAAGAGACGCAUUGUCGAAUACUUGAGUGUCGGGGGAUUAGGGGCGAAGGUUGUCGGUGGCCCGAUAACUGUGGCGGAUGAAUUGGAGAGAUGGGUUGAGAUAUCCGGGGUGGAUGGCUUUAAUCUUGCACAUGUCACCAACCCGGGCACUUUCGAAGAUAUUAUUGAACAUCUCCUGCCUGAGCUCCGUCGCAGAGGUCUGUUUCGGUCGGAGAUACCCCAAGAUGGUGCAACUGCUCGAGAUGUUUUCAUCGGUACGAAACGACUGCCUGAAGAUCACCCUGGCAGUCAAUACAAAUGGCGAGCUGGGGAAUCAAUUCCCAGUACAAACUGA